AUAUAUAUAAAAUCUAUCUCUCCCUCCUUAUAUCUUUCCAUAUCUUCUCUCUCUCUUCCUUAGUCUUUAGCGCAGAAACAGAGUCAGAGUCAGAGCAAUGGCGGCAAAAAGCAAGAAAAAGAAGAUCCUGAAGACUGUCUCCGUUGUCGACAUAAGCUGCGGUAACUGUAUAAAACCAACCUUGUUCUCUUUUCUCAACCUUUUCUCCAAAAAGCCCAAACCUCCCAGCUCCUCUAGCUACCGUCACUACCACUCCUCCUCCAUCUCAUCCGCCACACCCUCCUCCACGCCUCUGUCCACCGCUGCCGUCGCCGUCGAGAAAGAUUCCGACGAUCCUUACCUUGAUUUCCGGCAGUCUAUGCUUCAAAUGAUACUAGAGAACCAUAUUUAUACAAAAGACGAACUCAGAGAGCUUCUCCAGUGUUUCCUCAGCAUCAACUCGCACUAUCAUCACGGCAUCAUCGUCCGUGCCUUCUCGGAGAUAUGGGAAGACGUUUCCUCCGCCGCCGCUUCCGCCGUCCAAGCGUCCCCUCUCGUCACCCGUCACGUGUCACGUGCCUCACGUGAUUACUAUAAUAACUAUUACUAGGCUAAUUAAUAAAAAAUGAAUAGCUAUCUAUCUAUCUAUCUUAUGUAUUUAUGUUUGUUAGGGAAGUAACGUAAACGUGAUCGUAAUAACUCUUUUUAAUUAAGAUCAUGUCACGUCAUCAGUGUAUUGACACGCGGUAAAACGUGUAAUAUGGUGAUUAAGCUCUUACUUUAUCCUUAGGUUUUGGGCAUGUUCGUCUAAUACUAUAAUGUUAUCCAACUUUGUCCUGUGGGGUGUGGACUUAGUUAUUGUAAUCUUCAAAUAUUGCAAUUAACUAAUAAGUUUGUCUC